AUGGAGACGACUGAGGAUCGGAUCAAGGCGAUGGUUGAGGGCAACAAAAUAUUUCUCUUCAUGAAGGGCUCGAAGCUCUUCCCGCAGUGCGGGUUCUCUAACACGGCGGUGCAGAUUCUCAACUCGUACAACGUCGAGUACGAGACGUUUGACGUCCUCGCAGACAAUGCCGUUCGCGACGGCGUCAAAACGUACUCGAACUGGCCCACCAUCCCGCAGUGCUACAUCGAGGGCGAGUUUGUGGGCGGGUGCGACCUGCUCAUCGAGAUGUACCAGUCGGGGGAGCUGUCCGAGAUGGUCGAGAAGGCCGCCGCGUCGUAG